AUGGUGAGGUCCAGGGUCGGAACAUCGUCCAGAGGCUGCCACGCGGGCAGCACCAAACCGUCGGUACAGUGCAGCGUGCGCGCUGGCGUAGAGUUGCGCGGCGCGAGGUGCGCGUUGGGCGGUGCGGCGCAGCAGGCGGGCACGCCGCAGCAGCAGGCCACCGCGAUCGCGGCCAGCGCGCGCAUCCUGCUCCCGAGCCGACCGCCGCCGCCCGCAGCCGGCGCCCGACUGCGCUCGCCGCCCGCCCGCCGCGCCGCACGCCCUCGCAACUUCCUGCACCCCACCGCCCCGCCGUCCCGCCGCCCCUCGCCCGCUACACCCCGCUACGAUGUCGAGUACGACCUCCUGAGCCUGCAACGAACU